CUUCAGCGCAGAAGUAGGAUGAGGAUGUUCUUCUUGUUUUUGAUGUUAUGUAAAACACAUUUGUUUCUUAAAUAGUCUUGAAACGGGACCACUGGAGAGACUUUUGCUGAGGAUUUCUUCACUUUGUAUGGCAGGAGGGGGGGCCCAGCCCACCCCGUCUGUCAGCGCUGCAGUCAGUCAGUCAUGUUGUGCUGCUAGUUGUUGUUCAGUAGCAACGCACCGACUGGUGCGCAAACUGAAGGCUGCGUACAGUGUUCAUGCCAAGUGACGGAUAUAAGCGACGUGUGUGCGGGCUACGGACUCUGUCUCGAUCUCCAGCAGCAGCAGCAGCAGCAGCACUCAAGGUUUUACAGCCGUGUUGGCCUCGGAAGAGUGGAUGGGAUAUUAAAGAAAAAAACAUCCUGAACAAACCCCGCUCGUCUCGGAAAAGAGUGUUCCCUCUUCUUGCGAGAAUAGUUGUUUGCUCCGUCUCUUCUCUCCUCUCGUCGAUAUCUGAAAGAGGUUCCCUCGAGUGGAGUGGCGAAACAUGGGCGACGUUCGUGUUUAUUUCCUCUAGUUGAGCUGCAUCGGUUACCCGUGGGACGAGGCUGACCUGCCUUACCUAGCCAUUUGAAAACAAGGUGCCAUGACUGGCUCCUCGCACCAUUGAAAUUUAGACGAGAUACUGCCCGCCACACACAUACGUUACGGCCCCGCGGAGAAGCAUGUGAUGACUCACGCAAGGCAGAAGGGUUCCCUCAAGCAGAACGACGGCAGCGCUGAGUCGUGGGACAGCUGUCCUCUUUGGCCACAUGGUGGCACUAUGGGCGACGCCUGGCCUGAGCGCUCACUUCGAUUCGGGAGGACAAAGAAGAUAAGUGAGAUCGUCAAACAAAGGAAAGUCAUGGCCAAGAGGGCGAAUGACAAAAGAGGGAGGACCGAAAAAUCCGAUCAGAACAGAAAACUUGACCGAAGGCGUGACAAGAAACGGCACAGGAAGUCCUAUCCUUUGCGCGGUAGGGCUGGGAGUUCAGAUGGGGAGGGACUCAGCUGUCAUGUCCUCCUUACCCGAUUGGAGGAAAGCAUCCGUGAACAGGAGAGUUCUAAAGAACGGGUGCGAAAGGAUGCACGCCGACAUUUAUCUCUCAAACCCAAACCCCAAAAAGGGAAAAGCAGUAAACGGAAAGAGGCUGAGUCAUUACCAAAAACCAAAUUAAAGUCAAACAGCGCAGGUCAUGGUGAGUGUAUUCAUGUCCCACAACCUCGCAAGCGCAGACUGGCCUCUCUCAAUGCUGAGGCAGUGAACAGUCUACUGCUUGAAAGGGCUACUGACCCUCAGGCGGCAGCUAAACAGGCCAGGAGACAGGAAGAGCCCACGAAUGGAGGGAUAUCCCUGGAUACAAAUCCAACCAAGAGUGGUGUCCCUGGAGGUCUGAAGGCCACGCAAGGAAACAUCAGUAAAGCCUCCAAAUCUCACAAACUGUGCCAAAACUCAAAGCGGGUCAAGAAGGCCAAAGCCAACCGAGCAGAGAGCGGGGGGAUGAGUCAGGAGAGUCUGGAUGCCCCCGCCCCCAGAAGAUUGGCUGGACUCAACGCUGCAGCCCUGCUGAAGUUAACCAGCGUGUCUGCUACCAGUAAACCGAGAGUAAAGGCUGCACCCGCAGCUACUGUCACAUCAGACUGCAAGGCUCCUGCUGCUGUCUCCACCCCGAAACAGCACUCCAGGGUCAAACUCAAACACAAGGGGCAGUCACAAAAGCUGAAGGGGAAAAAGGUCCCUCCCCUGCACAGUGGCUGCACGGCCUGCAAGAAGAAGGCAGACUUUGAACCCAAAGUGGAGUGGGAGACAGGCAGCUGCACCCAUCGACUGACCAAACCCGGCUACCAGUCCCGCAGCAUGCUAGGGUACCCCUUAAAGCAAGUGAAGGAAGAGCAGCUGGAGACCGAACUGAGCCCAUACUACUGCUGUCCCCCAGAGGGCUCAGUGGAAUACUGCCACAGCCUGGCCUUCUUUCUGGGCCAGCAGCCCUACGGAGAAUCGGACGAUCAGCCACUUAACUCAGCCAUGACCCCCGUGAAGCGCGAGUGCCUCGUAACCUCACCGUCCCUGACCCAUUCCCACCCGCACACAGCUCUGACCCUCAGCCCGCACCCUUGCCUCUGCACGGCCGACCACUGCUUCUCCAGCUACUACGUUCACAUCGCCCACCCGCCACACACUGGAACCACGUCAGCAAGCCUGGCCUCGCAACCUCUGAACUUUGCCCCCUCCAGUUUGUGCCCUAAUCGGACGGCCGGCUCCAAGCUGCUGGGUCCACAGGUGUCCCACAGCUCGGGGAUGGCCCACCCCGCCUACUGCAACUCGGUGGCUUCGCCCUGUUACAGUGACGCCUGCGGGAUCAGCGGCUACACCUACAGAGCCAUGCCUCCUGUCACCAGCAGGGGUUGUUCGUUCAGCACAGGAUGCACUGGAUGCACACACAGCAUCAAAACAGAGGGUUACUCCUCCUCUCAGGGUGACCACAGCCCCUCCCUUCUGGUUCCCCCAUCCCUGCCCAUCUCCAGCUGCCCUCUCUCCAGCGUGCCCACUUCCACCCAGACUAAACCCCAUCUGCUGACCCCCCUGUCGGGGCGAGACCAACCCCAGGCCCGGCUAAAGCUGGCCACGGAAUGCCCACAGAGCAACGAACCCUCCAACGGCUUGCUGUCAAUGGGCCGCACACGGCUGCCCCAGAAACAGCCGUCGCCCUUGCCAAGCCUCAGCAGCACCAAACAAAAGAGAGUCAGCCGCAGACGUGCCACCAACGGCUGGCGGCCUGUUGGAAUGCCCACGGAGAGGGAGGUCUUUAUUGCGGGAGAGGAUGAAAUGGCCCUGCGGCAGUGUUAUGAAGGAGUGGAGAGGGACGGUGAAGUGAUACAUGUCAGAGACACUGUGCUGCUACGAUCGGGCCCCAGGAAGAAAUCCCUCCCAUAUGUUGCCAAGAUAUCAUCGCUGUGGGAGGACCCCAAAACAGGAGAGCUGAUGAUGAGUCUUUUCUGGUACUACCGACCUGAGCACACACAGGGAGGCCGAGAUCCCAGCACACACUGUGAGAAUGAGAUUUUCGCCUCUCGGCAUCAGGAUGAAAAUAGUGUGGCCUGCAUAGAAGACAGAUGCUACGUUCUCCCACUAGCCCAGUACUGUAGAUUUUGUGCCUUGGUGAAGCGGCGUGCCGAAGGCACCCCACCUGGCAGCGCCAGCAUGGUGCCCUGCUGCCCCGACUUCGCCCCCCCUUCCCACCGCUGUGUGCCCACAGACGUCGACCCCGAGCUGGUGUAUCUCUGCCGGCACGUCUACGACUUCCGCUUUGGACGCAUCCUGAAGAACCUGCAGUAGAGGGUAGAAGAGGCGUCGCACCCAUGAAUUAAUCAUAACAUAGCUGAACAGGACUGAACUGAACACCCCUGUCUUUUCUGCUGGGGACGGUCAUGAUCAGAGGGAAGGGGGACGGUGAGGUGGGGCUGGUUUUUGGAGAGGGACAGAUGAAGCAAAAAGUGUUGGACACAUUAUGAAGCACAGAUCCCUUUAGCUGACUACAGAGGGGUUCCAAUGUGAUGGAUGCAUUCAUCUCAGUCAGAGCACCAAUAUCUCCUGGUUUGGAAGAGCGAGGAUGGGAGAAUUCAUUCAUCAGCUUGGAUUUUUCCGCUUCCACAACUCUCUGAGGUUAUAUGGAGGUGUGUGUGUGUGUGUGUGUGUGUGUGUGUGUGUGUGUGUGUGUGUGUGUGUGUGUGUGUGUGUGUACCCCCCCCCACCCCCUCACCUGCCAGGAAUGCUGAACACCAGGCUAAACUGGGCUACUGUCAGGACCGCGUUUCUCCGAAAGCAUCUUAGCACAACAAUCAUGUUUGUUCCAUUUGUAAGCCAAUGACUCGGAAUGGACCGGUGCUAAGGUGCUUCCGGGGGAACACAAGCCUGCCCCGUCAGCUCAAUGUUAGCGGUGUUCAACCAGCCGGGGUGAAGGUGCAGCUAAUUGAGAGUGUCGUCUUAUUUCUCCUGAUUUGAGUUCGUCUCAGUUGUGUGUGUGUGUGUUGUGUGUGCGCGCGUGUGUGGAAGAGAGAGCAAGUGUUGUCAGUGUGGUUAAAUGGAUCAAUGUUGGUAUGUGUGAUGUUUUUUUUUUUUUUUUUAGGAGGCUUUCAGGCAAUCAAACCAAACAAGCAGCUUUAGAGGAAGCGGAGUUCUCUUCGCCCGUUCCUUUCUUUCUGUGUGACACAGCGCACUGACACUUACAGAAACAUUUUCAUCUCGAGUGAUGCUUUGCGCAAACUAAAAUACUGUACCUAAACGGGGUUUGUGAGAAAGAUUUUUCCCCGCCAGAGCAGGGCUUUUUUAAACUCUGGUCAGGACACUAAAAAUGGCUCUAAUAGUGAAAACACACACCUUUUCAAACUUUCAUCUCAGCCUCAGUCCUGGCUUGAAGAAGCCUUGUUCUAGAGAGGCUCUUCUAACGGUCCAGUACAGAGAGCCCUUACUGAGGAGUUGAGAGACUCCUGAGCCCUGUGGAGGUUAUCAAAACGAGGGACAUCGGUCAUUGUUUUCUGUUUGUUUUUCCGCAUUAUUUUUCACCUCCGCUGUUCCCUGUGACUUGCCUUAUGACUUGCAGGUAGAGCUUUAGGCAGCUAGUCUCACCACAUACUGUACAGCUAGGAAGUGGUAGAACAGGUGUACUGUAAUCCCCAAAAAAAAGAUUGACUGACAGCUUCGACAUGGUCUCUGGACAAUAUGCACCGGUUCAGGGCUGCAACUAAUGAUUAUUUUCAUUAUCGUUUAAUCGUUUUGUCAAUGAAGUGUCACAAAAUAGUGAAAUUGCCCUAUAUAAUUUCCCACAGCCCAAUGUGACUCAAAGAUAUUCAGUUAACCAACUUGUAUGACAAAGAAAAGCAUCAAAUUCCUCACAUUUAACAAGCCAGGACCAAGUAAAUUUUUGGCACUGUUUGCUCAAGAAAUGACUAAAAUGAUUAUCCGAUUACCAAAAGUAGUUGCAGAUUAAUUUCCAGUCGAUCGGCUGAUCGAUUAAUCGACUCAUCGUCGCAGCUCUAAACCGGUCAGAAACACAGUGCACUUCUCAUGUCAUCCAUCUGCUGUGCUCCAGCUGCUCGAUGUUUCUAUUCUACCCAUUCUAAUUCUACAUCCACACCAAUUAUUUUCCUCCUCCCUCUCCUCCCCCCUGAAGAUAAACCAAAGGAUGUCACACAAGCCAGAGUCCCCCGUCUCCUCCCUCACACUUCCCCUCCUUGUCAGCACAUCUGCCCUCGUCCCCCUUUAUUAUAUUGCACUAAUCCAUUCCUUAAUUACAACAACAAAUGUGUUCAACUUUUUUUUAAGCUACAAAUGUCUUACCUGGGGGAACUGUGUGUGUGUGUGUGUGUGUGUGUGUGUGUGUGUGUGUGUGUGUGUGUGUGUGUGUGUGUGUGUGUGUGUGUGUGUGUGUGUGUGUGUGUGUGUGUGUGUCCUUUCACCAGUAGAGGAGUUGGCCAGCGUGUUUGUCAUGUUACCUGAUGCACAUACAAUCUGUUGAAUCCCAUGGAAGAUAUACAGUAUAUACUGUAUAUAUAUAUAUAUUACUAGUCAUUCCAUUUGGUUUUUUAAUCAGCUCUGACAUACUUAUAUACAGUAUAUAUACAUGUAUGUAUGUAUCUAUCUAUCCACACUGUUAAUGUGAUUUGAUUUGAAAAAGGCAUCUGGAUGGAGGCCUGACGCGCUGUGUGGACAAACGUAGCACCAUGUUAGACGUGUAUUUGGAUUGAAGGGGGAGGGUUUGUGGGUGGGUAUGCGUGGGAGGGCGUUCAAUACUUAAUUGAGUCAUGGUGGAUUUCUCGUUCAUUGCCUUUUAACCUGCAAGUGUUUUACUGUCGCUCAGAAAGCGAGUGGUGUCGGAGUGUGUGUUCCUUUUUUAAAACACAAAGAGUACCCGAUUGCUUUCCUACACUGCAAACGCCCGUUUCUUCAACAUUGGAUAAGCGGUAAAAAGUUUUCAACACUCUAAAGCCAUCUUUAACUCUUUCUCUAUUUGAGCAGCAUGACUCCUAACCCAAAACAAAAUCAAAUCCUGAUAAUUGGGUUUUGUAUUUCUAUUAACACCCAGAUUCUUCAAAGAGGUAAUAUAUAUAUUCUCCUACUUUACAAUAUCUCCUUAUUAAGAAUAUUUUAUUAUGUCGAUUUCCUAAGAUGGCAUAUGCAAUAUAUUUUUAGACUUAACUAUUUUUGAAAAAAGGAGGGAAAAGGAACUUAACAAAUCAAAAAAAAAGAAUACUCGUUCUUUUUUUAAUUUUAUUUCAGAUUAGUUUGAAGUCAUCACAGCGUUAAUUGAGAUUUGACCAAAUGAAAGAAAGAGGAGAAUGAAGGGACUUGAUGCUGUCAUAUGACCUAAGGUUGUAGAUAAUAGGCAGUGAGAAACUCCCUUCUAGGCGAUUUUUAAUGAAGUGUACAUAUCUGAAUCCAGGAAGCACCGGGCACUCUUUAAACAAGCAGACAGCUAAUGCACAGUGUAGUAUUUUUGCAAGAUCUGUAAUAAUUAUAUUUAAAGUAAGAACAAAAUAUUUAAAUGGAGUAAACAAUACAAUAUAUUAAGAUUUCAAUUUAACUUAUUUGGAAAUACUGUGUCUAAUUGAUUAACUAUAUCCUGUUUCUUUACACUCCAGGAUAGAAAUGCUUUCUGUUUAUUUGUAACUUAUAAGUUAGAAAUGAAAUGGUUGAGUGGCGGUUGUUGACAGAGAUGUAAAUGUUGUUUAGUUGCUAUCAUUUAGUUGUCAGGGGGUGGAGAGCAGACCAAAGCACACCCUGGCAGACAGGGAGAGCAGAAGUGGCCGCGGAUCACAGUCAGAUUUGAUUCUCCUUUUGAGAUACUAAAAGUCAAAUCUGACCUGAGACCUGCGGGAAGAGACGACUUCUGGCUCUCCUGCCUAACCUGACUGACCUUAAGUGUGACGUUUGGGAGAAUGCCAUGGCAACAUGGUCACCUGAGCUGUUAUUGAUUCGUCCUAUUAGGGGAGAGACAGGCCGUACACCUGAGACAGGACGGGACGUCCUCUGGCCUCCAGGUAGAAAAUCUCCUCAGGUCAGUUUCUCUUCUCUAACCCUAGCCCAAAAGUAUAAAGGGUUUUCAGCAAGUGUCAUAAAUUAGGGACUGUAUGAAAAUUACUAGGGAGGACGGGUCACUGAGAAAUUGUGCAUUCUUCUUAAAUAUUUGGCUUAAUUGACGAUAGUCUAUAUUUGUUGGGAGAGCAGGGAGGGUGUUAUUUUUUAUCUUUUUUUACGUAUAGUCUAAAGUGAAAAUAUUGCGUUGCUCAAAUCGCCAUUAACAGAGAGUGACUGUAUUUCCCUACUUUAUGUUCAUAUGUUAUUGUAAGAUCUUGAGGGGAGUUUAUACAGUUUUUUUUGUAAGUUACAGGGAGGGCCUUGCUUUUUAAUAAAACAAAACACAAGAUUUACCUCCCCAACCUAAUAAUUUCCAUACAGUCCCUUUUUUAAAUCAUUAAAACUUCAAGGUUUUCCAGUGGGCUGAGAGGAAAUUAAGGAAUUUUCAUAUUAUAGAGGAGUAGGUGAAGUUGAGGAUUUGCUUAACAGCUUCUCCCACCAUCCAAAUCAGCUGGCCACCAUUGCCUUUCUCAGACUUUCUCCUAGAUGUGCAUUGACGUUGUUUGUCCCCUAGAGGGCAGGAAUCCAAUGUGUGCGGAACAGUCUCAUGGCCACAUCCCAUUCCUCUCCUUGUUCUCUUUCCUUGCAUCCUAUCUUUGGCUACUGAGAGUGAUGCAGUAGCUUCGUGGAAAAGGAAAUGAAGAAAGCUCAGUAAAGGAAGUUGCCAUGAGUCAUCCUCCCAAGUGCUGGCCAGCCCUGCAAAAAAAAGCAUGGACUAGAUUGUAUGUUAUUAUUUUGUGACUUUCCUAGCAGCUUUGCAUGGACACAGUUGCAUCCUUCGUUGCCAUGAAAACAAGGCAUGGCCAGCACUCGGGAAGAGUCCGUUUCCGUGUACGUAUGGCUGUCCACAGUGGCAGGGGCCAAACACUGAGUGACCUGUACUGAUGCCACACAGGAAGUGUGUUCACUCCAUGAGUCAAAAAAACAGAAGCACCUGCCCAACCCAUGAGAUUCUGCUUUCUGUGUGGUCUGUAUUGAUGCUUAUUGUCAACAUAUAUUUUGAUAUAUUUGGAAAAAAUAACAGGGGAUAUACAGUAAAAAGUCUAGAUAUUUUUUGGAGUAGAGAAGCAAUGUGUGUAUCAGAUUAUUGUCACUUUGUCAUGUUUUCUCUGAAAAGCUCUUGGAUCUUUUGGAAGAAUUAUACAACAUCCCUACUGAUUUAAUGUUCCAUCGAAAGAAUAUUUAUAAAUUUUAAGUCCUUUGUGAAAA